AUGCAGCUCCGUUCAUUCGCCUAUAUCGCGCUUGCUGCAGUGCUUGUGAUUGCUACCAGCGUUGCAGGCCAUCCCUCUGUUGCUGCCGGCACCUCGUUGAAGGGUCGCGACACGUGCACGAACUCCACCAUCGAGCUCCAGUUCCUCGACCCUAAAAAGAACAUCUUCGCCGUAUGCCACGACGUCGCCUACACGACAUACUUGGCAGUCAACAAACCGCUCGAUUUCUCCCACUGUACGGAGGAGGUUUCCGGAUGCUGGGGAGAUGCGAUCUGCUCUGAAGACAACAAGUCCUGCGACGCGGGCCGCCAGUACUGCGUCAUGCUGCACGGCACUUUUGAGUGUAUCGCCUGA